AUGGGCUUAAUCAAAGCUUUGGAAUUGUGGGAAGCCUCGUUACCGAGAUAAACAAAUGUCCGAUCCUCUGCACGACGAAAAAUAAUAUUUUUGUUUUAUUCCCACAUUUUGGACUUAUUAUAACACUUACAGUUACAAUAAGUGUCAUAUUUUUUUAUGAACUAGUUCCUUAUCAAAAACAGUCAUGACUUCCAAAACAAAAGGAGGAAAAACAUCGACUCCUUCGGAGCAUGAUAAAAUGGAGGAAAAGCUCGAUGAACAAGAACUGGAAUCAUUAUAUGCAUGGGUGGAUAGUAUUCCACUUUCAAGACCAAAACGAAAUAUUAGCAGGGAUUUUUCUGACGGAGUGUUAGUGGCUGAAUGUGUAAGGCAUUUUUUCCCGGAUGAAGGCCUUGUUGAUUUACACAACUAUACCACAGCCAACAAUACAAACAAAAAAAAGGAAAACUGGUAUUACCUGAACAGAAAAGUGUUUUCCAAAAUGAACUUUGAGUUAGCCGAUGAUGUGAUAAAUGAUUUAUGUUUAUGUAAACCUGGGAUGAUUGAGAAGGUCUUACUCAUGUUACAAGUAAAGAUAAAGAGAGCGGAAUAUGCUAGGGCGCGGAACAGCGACAAACCGGAGGCCGAUCAACAUCAUCACCAUCAUGAUCAGAUGACACCAGGUAGAAAAGGCAUGGUUAAAGUUGGUCUUGAAGACACCAAGGGAAGCAGAUUUCAAAAAACAAAACAAGACAUGGAGAGGCUCACAAUAACAAAAUCGAGAUUGGAUCUCAACGCUCCAUUAAAGCGUAUAAAGGUGGACGACUAUGGUCAUGUAAUCACCCAUCGUUACCUUGACAACAGGGGAUGGAACUCUGGAUUACAUGAGCAAAAGGCUCCGCCAAAACCUGCUAUAAAGCAACAAACUAUACAAAAGAAACGGCCAGGUCAGGUGGUCGAGUCCGAUAUGGUGCCGAGGUACGUCGUUGAAGAGAAGGAACAGGAAGUGCUAUCACGUGACGAAACUAUACAAAUUUUACAGGGCAAGAUACACAGACUUGAACACUUGGUACACCUUAAAGACAUGCGCAUCACUGAACUUUCUGGGGGGGUCGAGCCGAACUCAUACACUCAUUUGCAUGUACAUCAGAGACCGGCAGCUCAAGGUCAUGGGCAGAAGGCUGCUGCUCAAUCUCAUGGUCACAUGGUGGCAGCUCAAGCUCAUGUUGCGCAGCUGUCCUCUCAUGGUCAACCAAAUGGUUUUGAUACCAAAAUUUUCUACAAGCCUUCGCAAGGACAUCAAAAAGGGAAACGCCAGUCUUCUAACUAUUCAUAAAUAGAUUCAUUAUUAAAAACCAUAAAUUCUAGAAUUUACUUAUGCUUUGGAUAGCAUUUCAAUAUUUUUAGCUUGGGGACAGGAUUUGACCAUUGCCAAAAAAACAUUGUAAAAAAGGUUUUCUUAGUUAAUAUAUUUUAGAUAUCUGAUAACCAUGUUUAUACAAUGGCUGCUCAAUUUAAUACUUCUUCCCUUUUAUUUAUAUACAUGUAUAUCACAGUUCAUAACAGAAUUAGAUGUACAAUAAGAAUUAUACUUUAGUGAAAGAAUAUAUUAAUUACCUUUUUUUGGCGAAGUACAUUUUGUUUUAAUACUGGUUUCUUUUUGGUCAGCUAACGUAACCAUAAUUGUUCAUUGGCAGUAUCAUUUUAGAAAGUUCAGAGUAUAUUUUUAUGUAUCCACAAGAAAAUCAGGUUUCUGCGAGAAGUCAGUCUUGGUGAUUCAACAAAAUGUAGUAAAUCUAUUUAAUAUCAAUAGUGGUGUAUGACCUUCAUAAAAUGUAAUAAUGUAUUCAGUUUUAGAGGACAGAGUUGUUAUGUGCAUAUCUUUAAAAUAUUUCGAGGGUUUGGUGCAAAACAGUUGUAACUAAUAUUACAUAAUGAAGGAGUUACGUCUGUUUCGCUCCCAAUCUAUCGAUUUGCUGUAGCCUAAUGAUUAUGCUGUCACAGCAUAGUGUAUGUUAGUUAGUGCUUUUACUGUCUAGUUGUAGUCAUUUCUUGCCAGUCUUGAAGGCGAAAAAAAAAACCCUAUGUAAUCAAAAUGCUUUAUCAAAAUCAAUUUUUAGUUUUCAAAUUGCAUUUCCUUUAGUUUAAAUCGUUCAUAAAAUUUUCUUUUACGCACUCAAUACUAAAUAUUGAUCUUUUAUGCUUGAGUUUUGUUUAUCAUUUUCUUAACCAAAAAAAAGGUGUUCAAUUUCUAGAAGUAACAGUGAAUAAUACAUGUAUCAUUUGUCCAGAUUUACAUUUAACUUUUAACGAUUUAAGAACCGUGAAAUAUCCUGAUUUAUUGAGAGACUGUAUUGAUCAUAGAUCCUUCCAUGUUUUAUUUUCUAUCUUUUAAGUAUUUCUAUGGUUUAUUACCAAAAUGUAACAUGCCUAUGAUCAAUUUUAUGUUAAUUAACCUAUUAUUUUAACUUAAGGCUUAUAGAUCUACUUGUAUAUGCAAAUGUAUUUUUACUAUGGAGGAAAAAAUUUAAAAGCUCAACAUGUUAAUUUUCCUUGUGCUUGUAUGUUUUAACUACAAAAAAUAGUUCUGUGUAUUCAUACCUAUGAUAUACAUGUAUUUUCUUGUUCUGUGUUUUUCUUUUUUAUUUAAUAAUCAUUUUCAUGUGUGUCUACAACUGUUUAACUGUGUUUUAAUGUCCGUCCAUUUUUUGACUUUACUCAGAUUUUGUUAAGUUUUCAUUCUAACAUUAGGUAUAUUUAUAUUUAUAUAUUCAUCAUUUUUAAUCACUAGAUGGCGUGUUAUCAAUUAAUAUAGCUAGUAUUGUGCCAUUAUACCACACUAUUUAUGUACUUUCCAUUUUACCCCGCUUUAGUUACCAAAUUCCAGCAAGUUACCCAUUCCUUUACAUAAUUGUCAUAAUUUAAGUAGUUUACUUUUUUUUCUAAACUGUAAAGCACACCAGAGCAAGAAAUUGUUCUUCUUCAUCUCUAAGCCUACAGCCUUAAUGUUUUGAAAUUAACUUUUGAUUUAUUGAAAAGUGUAAAUUUGGUUCACUAUGCUUAAUUUGUAGUAUUAAAACAUAUUGUACUGUGGAAACCAUGGUUCUUUAAUUGUGUAAUAGAUAUAUUGUGAAACAGUCCUAAAUUCACUGAAUAAAUUGUGAAAUUUACAACCCUAUUUUUUUGAAAAGAACAUGAACUAGUCCAAAAUUUCACUAAAAUUAUAAUUGCAAUGUGAACCAGUCCUAAUUCAAUAAAAUUGUGAAUAUUGAACAAGCCCUAAAUUCACUUAUGGUGUAUUGUCAACCAGUCCUAAAUUCACUGAAAUGGUGAAAAGUGAACCAGUCCUAAAUUCACUGGAAUAGUGAACCAGUUCCAAAUUCACUUUUAGUGUAUUGUUCACCAUUCCUAAGUUCACUGAAAUGGUGAAUAGUGAACCAGUCCUAUGUUCACUGAAA